UACCUCUCAAAUCUGUUUCCGUUCCAGGUUCAUCUCCAGGUGAUGUUGCAGUAAAGAUGGACCCUGGUAGAGAGAAGAUGGUGCUAUUGUGUUUUCAAUAACACUACACGCUUUUCGGUUUUUGGCAGGGGCGUUUUGUUCGGGGAGAAAACAAAAAACAGUGACAUGAAACCAGUCACGGACCCGGAGUUUUAAAUUAUAACUAGAAAUACAACUAUGGCGGGACUCAUCAAAAAACAGAUCCUUAAGCACCUCUCCAGGUUUGCCAAAAAUCUGUCCCCGGACAAGAUCAAUCUGAGUACCUUGAAAGGGGAAGGUCAGCUGACCAACCUGGAGCUGGAUGAGGAGGUGCUUCAGAACAUGCUUGAUCUGCCCACAUGGUUGGCCAUCAACAGGGUCUUCUGCAAUAAGGCAACCAUCAGGAUACCAUGGACAAAGCUGAAGACCCAUCCAAUCUCUCUGUACCUGGAUAAAGUUGUAAUGGAAAUGAGUACCUGUGAGGACCCUAGAAAACCCAACGGCCCAUCCCCUAUAGCAACAGCCUCUGGUCAAAGUGAGUAUGGAUUUGCUGAGAAGGUGGUGGAAGGUAUCACUAUAUCUGUUAAUUCCAUUGUCAUCAGAAUCAAAGCAAAAGCCUUCAAUGCCUCUUUUGAGCUGUCCCAGCUGAAAGUGUAUAGUGUGAAUACAAGCUGGCAACCGGGUGACCUGAGAUUCACACGAAUACAUGACCCACAGCGGGGAGAGAUAUUGACAUUUAAAGAAAUAAGUUGGCAGAUGAUCAGGAUAGAGGCGGAUGCUAUUCAGAGUGGAGAUCAUGAAAUCCUGAGUGCUCCAGUUCGACUGAUCACAAAUCAAUCCAAAAUCAGAGUCACACUAAAGCGAAGGUUAAAAGACUGCAAUGUGGUGGCAUCAAAACUGAUUCUGGUUUUGGAUGAUCUGUUGUGGGUCCUGACUGAUUCCCAGUUAAAGGCAAUGGUCCAGUAUGCAAAAUCUCUGAGUGAGGCUAUGGAGAAAUCAGCCCAGCAAAGGAAGAGCAUGGCUUCUGAAUCCUCAGAGAGUGCAGCUCCUGCCCCGAGCUCCCAGCAGGUGAGGACUCCGCAGACUGCCGCGGCAGCUGAUCACAAUGACACCAUUGCCAAGCUCUUCAACUCCUACGAUGUGCUGGAAACCUCUCACCACUUACAAAUCACCCACCUCGACCUGCACAUUUGUGAUGACAUUCAUGCCAAGGACAGAGGAAUAAAGAAACGGAUCACGGGGGGGGCAAUGCAACUGUCUUUCAAUGAGAUUACAGUGGACUACUACCCACUUCACAGAGCAGGCGAGACCUGCCAACAUUGGAUACACUACAGCGAGGCGACUAAAUCACGGGAAGGCUGGGCAAAGAACAUCCUAGUUGAAUUUAAGGCUCUUGUGGACAUGCUGAAGCACGCAGUAAAAGACCACAGAAAUGCCACUGCAGCUCCUCCAUCAUCCUCUCCACAAGUCUCUCCUCAGCAAGCAUCUACAAGGAAAAUAUCCACAUCUUCAACCAGUGCUUUCAAUGCUUCCAGCAAGCAGCCUAAAACACAUUUGAUGUCCAGCUCUAUUGUGGUCAGAGUGGCAGACUUCAAUUUUUACCAGGUUUCCACAGCAGAUCAAUGUCGAUCAUCCCCCAAAACCAUGAUCUCCUGCAAUAAGAAAGCACUCUACCUGCCACAAGAAAUGCCAGCUACUCAUAUUGAAUUUACUGAGUACUAUUUUCCCGAUGGAAAAGAUUACCCAAUUCCCUGCCCUAAUCUGUAUGUGCAGCUCAAUGCACUUCAGUUAGUCCUGGAUGCCAGAAGCAUGGUAUGGCUCAACCAGUUUGUGUUGGACCUGAGGCAGAGUUUGGACCAGUUCAUGGCUCUUUACAAACUGGAUGACAGUGCAAAGACAGAUGAGCAUGUUGACAUCAGGGUGGAGGGACUUAUGUUAAAGCUCAUUGUUCCUACUCAAAAGGAGCUGGAAAGGCAUCAAGACCUCCCACAAUCAAUUUCCAUUCAGACAUCAGAAAUGAUUGCCACCAAUACGAGACAUUCUGCAAAAUGUACCCGUUCUGAUUUAGAAGCUGUUCUUCAAGAUUUUAAAGAGUUUGAAUUCUUCAGUAAGACGUUUACAGAUUUUCCCAAAUCAGAGGAUAGUUUUAAUCUUCUGCAUCCAAUAUUUCAAAGACAUGCUCAUGAGCAGGAUACAAAGAUGCAUGAUAUUUAUAAAGGCUUUGUCACCCCUAUGUUGAGCACAAAUGCACUAAAAACUUCAGCUGCUACAGACUUGUGGGCUGUACAUUUUUCUCAGUUUUGGAUAGACUAUGAAGGAAUGAAGAGUGGAAAAGGUAGACCAGUCCCCUUUGUAGAUUCUUUUCCUUUCUCUAUUUGGGUCUGCCAGCCAGCCAAAUAUGCACAGUCCCAGGAGCCGUUUCAGGCUUCUAAAGCACCAGCUUUUAACAUUCCAAAAAGUGAAUCAGCAGAACUCAGUGGCCGAAUGCACCGCAAGAAACUUCUAAAGGAUUAUUAUAGCACAGACUGUGAAUCUAUAACCAACGGAAGUAAGAAGCCUGCCUCCCUAGAUAGCAUUCCGGUGUCUUCUCCCUCUCUUCCCAGCACUUCCUUAAACCCUGACAUCCAAAUUCUGCUCCAUGUUCAGAAACAUUUAAGUAUGCAAGUCAAUCACUAUCAGUAUAUAUUCUUGAUGUGCCUCCAGAAUUCAAUCAAAACACUUCAGCAAAAUAUACAGAAGGACAUGGAGGAGGUAACUGGGAAACAUUCAGAGCAGAUUAACAUUUGUGUUGGACUUUUGCUUAAAAGUGCCGAAGUUGCCCUCUUACUCCACCCACUUCCCCAGACAGACACAAGGACUAAAUCACCAGUUUCUGAUAAUGUAAGCCAGAUAGAUUUGGAUAUUUCUCCUUCUGAGAGCAGAGGACACCUGGAACAAGGGAGUGAACCAUUAAAUGAGAAUGUCGGCAGAACGUUUGAUUGUAUUGAAGAUGCUGUAGUUACACAUCUUGAUGUCUCUUCGGUCGAUGAUUUGCUCUGCAAGACAUUUGGGGAAUUGACUGUGCAUAAAUCAAUGCCACUUCAGCCUUCCACAGCUAGUUCAUUUAAAAGUUCCUUUGAAAAAGAAAACUGCACUGGAACUGCUGCCGAAAGAACGGGUUCUGCAGACUGUGAUGACUCUUCAGAAUUGCUAUGCAAUCUGUCAGCUGCAGACGAAAAUAAUGGUGAAGGGCUAAGAAGCUUUGAAUAUUGUAAAGAAGUUACUCAAAAUGAGUUUUCAAGGACCUUAAAUAGCAGGAAAAACGUGGGAGGAGACCCUUUAAGUGAUCAGCGUGCCUCAAAACCAGAGGCAGACUUACUAUCUCGAGACUUGAAUGGCGGCAAAGAGAAACCUCCUGUGACAAGGAUGUCUCAGUCAGUAUCAAGUGGAAAACUUAUAAAGGAACGCUCGCAGUCAAGUUUCUCUAUGUCUUACAAGAAUGUGAAGAGAAGUCCAUCUUUGCAUUCCCUUGACAACAUCUCAAUUGACAGUAACUUGCUGGAGGAGCACAUGUUGGAAAGUGAUGGGAGCGACAGCUUUAUUCUCACUGACAAAGAUGCAAUCUCAGAAGAUAUUUCAGUGUCUGGUUUCAAAGACACCAUGAGUGACCAGAGCCCAGCUGAAAGUGCAAAUGAGGCACUAGGAAACGAAGGUGGAAUGUCACCAGAUGCAGUCAGUGCUGCUUCUCAAAGUAUAGAAGAAAACACUACAGAUUUGAUGUCUGUGGUGGUUUUUAAAAUAUUUGGGGCCAACUGUGGAGUCGACAUCAAGGGUGACAAUGCAGCUGUUUGCCUCCAAAUCAACCAAGUGAUUCCAAAUCAAUUGGGAAAUGUCAGUGUUAGACAGUAUCUCGGCAACCGCAGCAUGGGUUCUGAUCACUCUUCGUUGCUUCAGCACAGAAAAGCAUGUCCAGAAGUGAGAGUGCGAAUGGAAAGCGGACCUAACGCUGCAGCACAUUCCCCACUGGCUGCAAAUAACGGCUUCCUGCAGUGUGAGCUGGACAACUUCAGCGCUGACCUGCUGAUGUCUUCCGUCGUGAACCUAGGGCAGUUUAUAGAAGGAGAUUCCGUUUCAGAGGUGUUGCCAAUGAAAAUUACGGUUUCAAAUACAAGCAUUAAUUUGAAGGAUGACAGUCGUGUAAACCCAUCAGGUACCCAGCCAGCACCAAUGGCAUUGCAUAUCGAGAAUCUUUUAGUACAGAGGAACGAUGACGGCUCCUUCUCUUUUGGUGUUGACAAAACUUCCAGUUCAAAAAAGAAAAUGGAGGUCAGGUCUCAAAGUGAGAUUAGCAAUGCUCCUGAGAAACAGAGGAAAGUGAGCAUUGUGUCCCAAGCCACACAGACAUUACCAGAAAGGCCUUGCCCUCCUGUUCAGUCACCAAAAAAGCAAGAACAAGCAAGCACUAAAAGCUCGGCUGACUUGCAAAAAAAACAGCUUCUUGAAGAAAAUGAGUGUUUGAAGCAGGAACUGUCAAAAGCCAAGUUGGCACUUGCUGAAGCUCACAUGGAGAAAGACAGCUUACUUCAUCAAAUCAAAAGGAUGUCUAGCAGUAGCUAGUUACAAAUGCAAACACUUUUCAGAACCAAGAAGAGAAUGAUGAACAAAAGUGUAUUUGCUAGUUAGUGGGGAUCAUGGUAGCAAAAUCUGUUAUGAAGAGCAUUGAACAAAGUGGUGUGAUUUAAUAUGCAAACAGGGACAGGUACAUUCAGAAAGAAUUGUGUUUUGUGGAUGUUCUAGUUGCUUUUCCUAAUUAAUGUGAAGCAAUUAAGGCUUAACAGUUUGGUAUAAUGAAAGUUACAGUUGUCUGCUGAUUAUGAUCAUUUUCAAAAAAAUCUGUGGAGAAGUGUGAAUGCCGCAUUGGGAUCUUAAGUCCUUAAGAUCUUAGAUACAGAUGGAGUACUUUUAUUAAGACUGUUUCCUGUAACAGAUAUGUAUGAUCAUUAGAAUGUAAAAUACAAUUAUUUGAUGUCAAGAGAAUGUAUUUCAAAUGACAAUUUGCACUGUAAUAAAAAAUAAAACAAAUCAUGCAUCUCUAAUUCUAAAAAAAAAAAAAAAGUAUUCAAUCUUAAUUGUCAUUUUUAAAAACUGUUAAGAAUAUCAAAGUGAGAUUAUUUUGCAAGAAUGAUGUACAUGAGUGCUCUGCAGUUGAGUGUGUGUGUGUGUGUUGCAUUUGCUUUUAUGCAGAAUGAUAAUACUGCAUAAAUCUUUUAGAUUAUAACCGACAUUUCAUUACUUACAUUUUUAUUACGUUAAAACCGAUUUAGACUGACAUUUAAUAUUUUUAGAAGUGUAAAAAGUGGUUUGCUGAAAAGGACAGUUUUAAUUAUGUAAGUGUAAAUAAAUAAGAUGUGAACAGGAAUCCUCAUUUACUGCUAUAUUGAUAAUCCAAACAAAAUCCUAUCUAAUGUAUAAGUUUGCAUGAUUUGUCUUUUUUUCUUUUGUUCAAGUUUUGCUUUUGUUACUUUUGAAACAGGUGACUGUUAAUUGCAUCUUGUGAAGAAGGUGUGUAAAUGUUUGCUGUAUACAUCUAGGUUCACUGGUGUUCAAUUCACUGACAUUGUCCAACUGUAACAGAUAUGUUAAUUACUAGUGGAGAAUAACGUUCUUCCCGGUCUUUUAAACAAAGUGAUUUGAACUACAUACAUAUGAUACUUUUACUUUUUCUUCACCUACAGCAGGAUUCUCAUAGAUACAUAAACAGGCUUACACACUACUAUGUUGAACCACACAACUUUCAGGUAUAAAUGUUUUCCUUUCUAAAAUAAAAUUUAAAAAAAAAAACAUACCAGUAUGUUUUUGGCAGAUAUACAGUGCCUUGCAAAAGUAUUCAGACCCCUGACCAAUUCUCUCAUAUUACUGAAUUACAAAUGGUACAUUGAAAUUUUGUUCUGUUUGAUAUUUUAUUUUAAAACACUGAAACUCAAAAUCAAUUAUUGUAAGGUGACAUUGGUUUUAUGUUGGGAAAUAUUUUUAACACAAAACUGAAAUAUCUUGCUUGCAUAAGUAUUCAACCCCCACACAUUAAUAUUUGGUAGAGCCACCUUUAUUCAUUUAUUCUGGAUUGAAAUAUCUUGUGCACCAGGGGGUGCUUGAGUUUAAAUUUCACACCAUCAGAACUGUUAAUGCAUCGAAGACACAUAACUGAUUAUACUGGCUUCCCAUGGUUUUCAUUUAACAGCUGCUACAGUGGGCAGCAGUGUGGAGUAGUGGUUAGGGCUCUGGACUCUUGACCGGAGGGUUGUGGGUUCAAUCCCUAGUGGGGACACUGCUGCUGUACCCUUGAGCAAGGUACUUUACCUAGAUUGCUCCAGUAAAAACCCAACUGUAAAAUGGGUAAUUGUAUGUAAAAAUAAUGUGAUAUCUUGUAACAAUUGUAAGUCGCCCUGGAUAAGGGCGUCUGCUAAGAAAUAAAUAAUAAUAAUAAUAAUACAUACACCUUGGGGGUUUCUUUAAAGUCAGCAAUUUAAUUUUCUCUUUACAAAAAGAACAUUCAAAUUUAGGAUGGUGGUAAAUGCUUUGUGAAUAUUGCCUUGCUCAUUUAUUCUCCUAAAGCAUAGUUUACAAACCAUUCCCAAGUAUUAACAUCUGUCAGGGAAAAGUUAGGACUCAAGUGCUUCUGUAUUAGGAGUGUUUAUAUAAUAGCCUUUUGCAUUGAAAUCUCAUUUUGGUCUUCAGGUAAACUUUGAUUUUAUAUGACAACUGACUUGCAAAACAUUUUGGUAUUGUGAUAGUUUUUUUUUUUGCUUAUAUACAAGUCUGAAUUCAGUCUUCAUUUGCUGAUAUGCUUUAUAUUAUGAACCUCACUGACUGUCUCCU